CCAGUCCGGUUCGGUGUUGUUUGUGUCAGAGUGCUAGGAACCGAGUUCAGGAGUAGACGCGAUUGGUUAGUUUUUCCGGAAUCACAGAAUUAUAGUCCAGUGAAUCCAGUUGGUGUUGUGUAUUUGGCUGGUUGGAGCUUUCUCCACAAGGUGGCAUACAGAGGAGCAGCGAGAGUGCAGUUUACUAGUCAGGGUGGAUCGAAGCUGGAAAGUUGAAGUUAUAAUUGCAGUGUGCUAAACCAGAUUCAAAGGUUUGCCCUCUACUUGGAAGUACGUACGUCUCGUGCGUGACUCAGUCGACCUAAUUCGUGCUAGUGUUUUUGGUUGCGUUUCCGAAAAGUUGUGAUUAAAUUUUCGAGCUGGUUGAAAGUACGUGUGAGUGCUCAGAUAUAAUAGGGAAAAAAAAGUUUCCUUGAAACAUCAAGGAGUGUGACUAGUGUCAGCAAGUGGAAUUGAUCCAGAAGGGCUUCAAAAGUUCAAUCGUUUGCGCCUCAUUUCUAGCAGUACAGUCGAAGCGAGUGAGCUAGCAAGUGCUGGUCCGGGUGGUAAAGUGGGGUGAUCGGUUCUCUCUGUGCCCUUCUUUGAACAGCGAACAGCAAGUGUUUAUCUAUCCAUACCGUGGGCUAUUUCGAGCGGAGCUGUUGUGUAACUUUCGAUAGUGUACAUAUACAUACUAUCGACUAGACCAAACGAAAGUGCAUCGCGUUUUUCAGCGUUCAGCUAUUUAGGCACCCAUUACACGGUACAUUUGACACUAGCGAGUGAUAAAUAAGUCAAGAUGCCCCAAUCGGACGGGGGUUACGUAUCGCUCGGCAAUGCCGGUGGGCCACCAUCGGUGUACAAUUCCACCACCGAGCCGCACGCCGGCUCCAAGUCGGUCAUGGAAGCGGUCAAACGCGUUAUCGGGUCGGCUAUCGGUGCCCAGGAUAAGCACUCCCUGCUCGAACGGGACUCGGAGGGCGGCCCGCAGCCUUACAUUAUCAGCAGCAGGGACCGCGACAAGACCGGCAAAGCGAACAACGCCAGAAUGCCAUCCGCUCCAGCCCACACUGCCGAGGAGGCCCGCCUGUUGGGAGCCAUGCCAGUGGAUCCCAUGGACGACAUCGAGUUGCGCUCCGUUCAGCUCCAGUACCCAAAUCAACGUGGUUCGAUUGUAGGUCAGUGCGACCUGCGGCGAGUCCCGACGGACAAGGGGGACAUCCUGGUUGCGGUGCAAGGUGAUACAACGAAACCGGGCAUCCUGACGUACCACGACCUGGGAUUGAACUAUUCAUCGAGUUUCGCCGGAUUCUUCAAUUUCCCAUCGAUGCGGGCCCUGCUCGAUAACUUCUGUGUGUACCACGUAAAUGCCCCGGGCCAGGAGGAGGGUGCACCCACCUUUCCGGAAGACUACGUGUACCCGACGUUUGAUGAACUGGGAGCGCAACUGCUGUUUGUUAUGUCACAUUUCAACCUGAAGACCAUCAUCGGAUUCGGUGUCGGUGCGGGAGCUAACAUUCUGGCCAGGUUUGCACUGUCGAAUCCGGAUAAGGUCGGUGCACUUUGCCUUAUCAACUGUAGUUCCACGGCAGCCGGUUGGAUUGAGUGGGGCUACCAAUUGUUAAACUCGCGUAAUCUUCGCACCAAAGGCAUGACUCAGGGCGUAUUGGACUACCUUAUGUGGCAUCACUUUGGACGAAAUCCAGAGGAACGAAAUCUGGAUUUAGUUCAGCUGUACAAAUCCAACUUCGAACGCUCGAUAAACCCCGUCAAUCUGGCCAUGCUCAUCGACUCGUAUAUCAAGCGUACUGAUCUGAACAUCGCCCGGACACCAUCGGGUUCACCUCAAACAGCUGCUGCAUCCCUGAAAAUGCCAGUACUAAACAUUACGGGAGCUUUAUCGCCUCACAUUGAUGAUACGGUGACAUUUAAUGGCAGACUGGUACCGGAGAAGACAAAUUGGAUGAAGAUCUCCGACUGCGGACUCGUACUGGAAGAGCAACCGGGCAAACUGGCCGAGGCGUUCCGAUUGUUCCUGCAGGGCGAAGGCUACGCACCAACAUUUUCACCGCAUGCUAAAAACCAUUCUACAACAACAACUACAACAACAACUAACUGCAACAACAACAACGAUAUCAACAACACCCAAGAGUUCGACAGGCUGAACGGAAACGCCGGUAGUGGAGGAGGUGGUGUCAUCAGCGGAACGGGAGGAACCAUCAUCGAUAACAACAAUCUGCCGGUGAGCGCAACGACCGGGGCCUCGAUUCGAAUAACCGAGAAUCCGCUGCCGGAAAAUGUGACUUGCUAGAAAAGACACAUAUCGGGCGGUGAUGGUGGCAAUGCACUGUGGCAUCAGUCACCAUCGCUGCCGGUAGCAGCAGUCGGUAAGUAUGAGGACGAAAGUGAUGAGCUGGAAGUGUGGACUAACCGUCGGUAUAGGAUAGAGAAGGUACUGUUGAAUGCUAUAUUUUCUAUACAGUUUUAGGGUGAAAGAGUAGGCCGUAGCUCUGGGCAGAUGCUUGCGAGAAAUGAAAUAUUGCUGCUAGUGUAUAUGGUGCAACGUAGCGCGGUCACGUCGCCGGGGGAUAGUAGCGUUCGGGUUGUGCAUUUCACUGCGAACAGUAGGCUGGGUGGAAGCAUGCGAUUAGGCUAAGCAAAAUCAGCCUGGUGUUCCUGGUUUCAAAUGAAAAUUAUUUUAAAUGCUGAUCGAAAUGAGAGCGUUAUCUGGAAAUAAGAAUGUACAAGGAUUUUUCCCAUAGCUAAGUAAGACAUACUGGGAAUGGUUCUGGACUUCAUAUUGUAUUAUGCUGUUGAUUAUUUGAGAUUUCUGCAAACAAAAGUUAUCAACGCGAAAUUUGAGAGCUGUCUAAUAGGAAGUUCAAAACCAUAAUACUAGAAAUUGCAAAGGAGAUUCUGAAAAAACAAAACUACGCAUAAUGCUUAAUUCCAUUUUCUGUAAAAGUCGUAAAUUAAAUACAAAAAUGACAACUUCUUGCAAGAAGUUUCUAGAAUUUGUAAACGAUGAAAGCCCAAGUAACCAAAAGUUCGUAUAAAAGAGUUGCUUAAGCUUGUCGUUUAAACUAAUUUGCCUGUAAGUUCCAUGUUCUUAUAGCGUCUUAAGCAGCUUUCUAGUUUCAUUAAAACUUAAGUAGCUUGAAAGCUCUGUAUGAACUUGAUAUGAACUUUAGUGUUCUUUUUAGGUAUUAACCGUACUUUUAGUUGCUUGAGAGUUUUGUGAAUGUGAUUCAAGCACAACGUGUUCAAACUUACGAUUUUUAUCAAUAUUGUAAGCUUGAGAAAUAUCCUUGGUUCAAAUUUCAAUCCUGAUGCUAAAUUUGGACUAGUUCUGCAGUCGAUUCACAGUGUACAGGAAAAUAUCAUGGCUAUUGGUCUGAUCUUACAGAUCCUGAAAACUAACGCUGGCCAGAUGUUAGAAUGUAAGAGAAUUAGCUUAUGAAACCAAGGCUAUUGAUAUUCGAAGAUCCACAGGAGUCCGAAGAGCAAAGUGUUUGUUUAUUUACAUGUUUCAAAUACGAAGAUGUGUUGGCUUGCAAUGAUUUCUUUUUCCGUUUGAAUAUUGCUUUCGAUCUCCUCCGUGGAAAUGGGAAAGUGAAUAGUGUUAGGCGACUUAAAACGUUUUGUGUUCAUCAGAUGUUAGUAAUCUAAUUGUAAAAACCUCUUCAAAAUAUCCUUUUAGACUUCCUGAUGAAUUUGAUAUAGUCGGCCAAAACACCCUUGUGACGGGAUCUUAGUUGAUCCUUUUGGGCCAAUUUAUUUUAUUACUACACUUUUCUGCGCAUCCGUUUUAAGAUUCUUACACCACAAUAGGGCCUUUCUUUUCAUAGUCCAUUUAGUUGCUGGGCAGCUUUAUUUACUAUGCUAUAUUUCCCCCUAAGGAGAAAAAUUUGGUAAACUCCAAAAUUUCUCACUAGGACGAAAUUUUUUUGGUGAAACCAGUCAUUGUAUGUGAAGAACACAAAUCCUAACUUAACCCUUGAGUUUGAGCUUGUGCGACCACCCCUGGCUGCCACUCCGUUAUCGAUCGGGACUAGCUGAAGUUGCACAGGGAAUCAGUAGAUAAUUAUGCUUGGGAGUAGCGAAACAUCUUUCAAUGUGCAACUAUUGGUAAUCCUAGUGUUUUUGAUCAAUACCGGCGCCGGCCAGGCCCGAACGUAGAUCGCGAAAGGAAAGGGAAGGAAUGGUUAGUCCUAUACUUGCUUUUGCUAGAGGCCGUAUAUACUAUUGCGCACUCCACAUGUAUCACGGGAGGAGGACAUUUUUGUUAGUAAGAGUAUAUAAGUUGGAUACACUUCUUCUUUACCGACGUCAGAGAGGUGAUUCCACUACCUGGACUAGAAUAUCGAUCCACCAAUUUCAUGAAACGGGGACCAACGGCUUUACUUCCCUUCCGAAGGAAGACGUGACCACAGAUUUUUUCACCUCAGAAAAAUCUCAACGACCUCGGCUGGCUGGAAUUGAACCCAGGCCAACUGGAAUGAGUGGCGGUCACGCUUACCACUCAACCACCGGCGAGGUCGCAAAUCCUAACUUAACCCUUAAAUGCAUGAAACUUAUUUUUGCUUGGUACUCAUUUUUCUGGUUAGAUACGAUAUAUACUAUAUAUACGAAUAUCACAGAAUUCGGUAUGUUGCCAAAUGGCAACACCGUAUGCCUUUAUGGGUUAAUAAAGUCAUGGGUGCGUCUCGACUUCGUCUCAUCAGAAACCGACACUAACUUGACGCUAAAUCCCCAAAACUUAAACACACAUUGUGUUUCAAUCGAACGAUUGGUUAAACGUGAUGUCCCGUCCGAGCAUAAGUUCUGUUUAUGCGGAUAAGACACAGUGAAGCCGAAGCUUGUCUUGGCUUAGCAGGCCAAUGCGAAAGCACUAUGCUAUAUUUCCCUCUAAGGAGAAAAAUUGGAUACACACUAAUGAACCGUCAUAAAACUGAGGUUAACUGUGUCAGUAAAGAGCCUAAUAAACCAUCACUGAAUGAACAUAUCUGUUUAUUUUAUCAGGUUAAUAAGCCCAGUUGCGCCGGGGAUCGCAAUAGGCAGUGGUUUACAUAAGAACCUCUCGAAAAAAAUCACGUACAAGGUGAAACAGAAUGCGAUGAAAGAAGAAAUAACGCAAAGUGUAUGCUUGUUCAAUGGCAUAAAGUUAUCAAACUGGAGUGUUUUGCUGAAUCGGCAGAAGAUAUUGCGUAAAUAAAAGUCGAGAAGAAACUAAUGCGUAAACAGUGGAAACAACAGGACGUCAAAUGCACAUCCAUAAUAAAAAAAGUUAUACACGAACUUUAACUCAUAUAAUCCAACGAUUCCACAUAUUGUUUGGAUUAUACCCUGAACAGGUCGUUAGGCUCUUGGAUCAUAAGAUGUUUAUGUGUCUUAACCUAUAUGAUCGCCGACUUGCACUUCGUCUUUAUUAUAAGGAAAAUCGUCUCCGUUAGAAAAAUGUACUACAUUGUUACGAUUAUUUGAUGGGAAAUGAGUUACAGGGCAUUUUUACUUGCUCAAGCAAAUGACGGUCCUAAAGUGCGACGAAAUCUCUUCGAAGAUAACUCCUUUCAAUUUACAUCAAUCAAUGGUCAACGGAACUGGAGAGCAAUGUUCGUUGGAAAUUUCCUGAGGUGUAAAGCGACAGGUGGUUGAAUCAAAUCUGAAUCCAGUAAAUUUUUGUCAGUAGAAGUGGGGGUUUAGUUUUUGAGUGUCACGCAUGUAGUCAGCCAUUGCAUUUAUAGCUCAUAUGAGUAAAUGCGUCCAGAUAAUUUGCUACUGCGAUAAUAAAAACUCACAUUUUCACGCGAAAAGUUAUUGGCACUCGCACAACUUUUCCGGAUAAAUACAACGUGUUAUUUCUCCGGAUAAAUAAAACCUCUGGAGAAUGAGCGAAUGAGUUUAUUACAGUGUCCUUUUUGUGCUCGCUGCCUUGCUAUCACUAUUCCAAAACACGAAAAAACAAGUCUAUCGUACUUCAUUGCCGCCUUUCUUUGAAAUUAAAUGUAUAUUUUGACGUUUUUAUUGAUUUCCACGAAAUUAAAAUAUUAUCACCUUCUCCGGUGAGAAGGAAAAAAUCAAAUAAAUUUGAUCCGGAACAUUAUUUCUCACGCCAUUUGUGGAGACGGAGAAUUUUACGACUCAUCUUAUCUCGGAAAAGUUGGACAUCGGAUAAGCUUCUUCUCGCGUGAGUGAGAGAGAACUACAAUGCCUGCAUGUAGUAAGUCCGGUUACAAAAGGCAAGUAUCCCCCUGAAAUGGGCGAAAACAAGAGCAUAGAGCUGGAAAGUAUGCUGUAACAUUUUUGACUGCCGACGAUGCCACUGACAAUAAUUUUCGGUCGAACACAUUAGGAAAGAAUGGAUUUUCUUAAAGACGUGUAAAAGUUAGAGUAAAGUAACCGUAUGUUUUCGUAAUGACUGCGGGACACACUGAAGAAUCCUAUUGAAGGUUUCCUACAUAUUUGUAGGUUGCAGAUGUUUUUGUAAAGAUUAUUGAACUGACAUCAUGAACAAAUUAGCUGCAUUUUCACGAUCCCCUUGUUUUUCGGGGAUUAGAUAUUCCGACUUCAAUACGUUCUAUGAUUAUUGGAUCGUACAUACCCUAUGGGCAUUUAGAACACACAUUAGUAUGAUGAAUAAUGCGGGACACUUUUCGAGACGUCUGAUCAUUCAACCGACGAAGCAAGGAUGCUGACGAACGUGAGUGACAAGAAGAAACGUCCUACCUUUAGUGCUCCACUUGUUUUCCGUGAUGUGUGAGGAGGAACCGGAAUGCGCACGAUCUUAUGAUGAGAUGAAGUAUAUCUUCAAGUAAGACAGAAUAUGAGUCUGUGUUGCAUCUCGAAACUCAAAACUGUUCCAGCUUAAUACGGAGCCGCUGUUCGUGUAGGAUGUGUCAGCAGUCGUUUCUGAUUCUGGGAAUCCAAUGCAUUUGUGGCAUCGUAGAUAUUGCCACACCGAAAAUACCCGUUAGGCAAACCUCGUAAGUGCCAGAAUUGUGAAAGGUCUGCAGCUGGAAGGCCUAAAAGUAAACGAAAAUGUGUGUGAUUCGAAACAAACAAGACUACCGUUUAAUGAAACACUCAAGGCAAGAUCUAUACGAGCCAUGGAGCUGAUUCACACGUGUGUAUGCGGACCAUUGAAGCCAGCCAGCAACGCGGAAUGAGUAGGAAUAUGUACGUCAACUUUUUUAACAGCAACACGCACUUCACAUUCUUAAGACUAAUAAUGACGUACUCGAAACAUUAAAAAAAACUCCGCGAUGGCCAUUGUGAGCUCUAGAUCCACUUUGAUUGCGACAUAAUUUAGCUUAGUACCGUUCUGUAUACUCGAAACAAGUUUUUUUUUUAUUUUUGCAGAACCAUUCACGUUUAAGCAUUCACUCACAGUAAUCGGAACUUCUUGCUCGAUGACGUCGAUUUUGAUAUUCGACAAAAAUAUUCUUAAGCUAGCAUUCGCAGUUCUUCCGGGAUACAUUGUUUACGAACAGUUGUCCUUUAUUGGAAAAGAAUGAAUGUUGUUGCUAAGGUAAAGGCAAGUUCAGUAAUGGUAGCUUUUAAUGACUAGAUGCUUUGUUUCAGACAUUCUAUUUCUUUAUUGCGUUGUCCCCCUUGCUUAUCAUAGGCGGCUUUAAUCGAACUGACUGAAUUGCGUAGGUCACGGUAAUUAUUACACCUGUUUGUGGAAAUAGCGUAACCCAUCACAGAAUCCUUCGUAAACUACUCGGUCAGAUUCACCAAGGGCCAGUCUAUACGUUCCACAUUGUUUAUCCACCAAUUGAUUUAUGACGAGGUAGAAUUAUUUUUAACACGGGGACGGACCUAGCGUAGUUGGUAAAUCGAUUUCCUUGUAAGUAGUUCACCUGGGCUCGAUUCCCAACCCCGCAUAUAGGGUAGAUAUUUUUCCAAAAAGAUAUUUCUCCAAGCCGAAAAGAGGCGAAUGAUCCUAAGGUUGAAACCACUCUAAUCAAUAUAAAAAAAAUAUUUUAAACAGAAUAAGACGACACAAUAAGUUUCGGUAGCAGGAGAUGUGAUCGAAUUAUUUCGGUUGCCAGUACAGCUAUGAUUCGGUAAAAUUUUUUGAGCGAAGUAAACGGUUUUACAGUGAGAAAAAGCAGACAGCUUUAUAACACGUCUGUAUGAAUCGACAGAAAUAGAUCUCUAUAGGCAGAGUCUGGACAAAAGAAUAUCAGAUAAACUGGCAACCAGUGCCCGCAAAGAAGAAAGUUUAGCAUCGCUUGAAAAUGUUCAAGUGUAUGCUAGAAAAUGAAAAACAAAUCGCUUUAUGAUGUUUUCAAUCUUUUAUAGGAGCUGAUGAAGUCGGAUGUGUUUUCAGCCAGUAAUGUGAUGUGACAAUUCCUCAGUUGUGAUGAAAGCAGAAUAUUGUAUGAUUUCUACAAUACGAAAUAGUCCAUCACACACAGUCCAUAGAUAUACAUCAGCGUUGCGAACUAGAAUUGUUCGGGUUCGGGUUUUUAGAUCCAAAACCCGGACCCGAAUUUGAUGAGUUUCGGGUCUGGUUCGGGUUCUGUAAAAUUAACCGUCUCGGGUUCGGGUCAGGUUCCAGGUUUUCAAGUUUGAAAUUCUCGGGUUAGGGGUAAAUUUCAAAUUCUUUGAUUCGGGUCGGGUAAAAAAAUAAACCCAACCAUUUCGUUCGGCUGUUUACGACUAUAUACAACACCUAGUUGCUUUUUCUAGUAAGGUUAAGACAUUUUACUUCGUGAUACAAACUGAUGACACAGAAAACAGUACUAAAUUUUAUCACCUUUGAAUCGCUAAAACUUGUCAAAUUUUCCGGUGUCAAAACAUUGAAUUUUAUUAUUAAUGUAUAUAUCUUUUUCUCUUCAGAUCUGCAAGCUACCUGAUUUUUGUUUUCAAAUGAACACUCGUGAUUUAUUGUCAUGCUAAUCUUCAAUAAAGAAAAUUUGUCGGAAAAUAUUGGUUCACCUUUCCAUAAUUGAACAUGAAUUUCGACAUACUUUGAAGCAUACAUACUUUAGGUCGCGGUCGGAGUAAACGCGUGAAACUCGCCUAAAGUGUCGAGCAAAUCAAAGCGAGUGGAAUCUACGCGAAGUAGCGGAAAUACAGAAUUAUCUAUUGAUUACGCUCCUGAUUGGUUGUUUUGACAAUCGUAAGCAUUCGAAAAGUUUUCGAAAGUGUAGCGAAUGCUCUACUAUGAAUAUUGUUAACAGAAACAUGAAAUAAAUUUAUUCAAUUUAAGUGACUACAAGGAUCGUUGCGGUCCGGAGAUAACUUGACACUUCGCAUGUAUUGAACUCAUAAGCCAAUUUGGUGGUACUUUGGUGGCUUCAUGGAGGCUCAAAUGGAGUAACCCUCGAAAAAUGCUGAUCGUUCUAUUGAUUUGAGUAAAAGCAGAUAAUUCAAGCAAUUCUAUCCCCAAAUUUAUUUUCUGGAGACUGGCGUUGUUCCAUUGGACCUAAACAGAAUCCAGUCCAGUAGAUUCCAUCUUGAAAAAAAAAAACUUAAAUUAAAAUAAAUCGAUAUUGAAUAAAAGUGACGAAAAACUUUGGAUUUAACCCCACAUCUCACCAGGCAUCAAGUAUCUCAACAAAAACCUUUAUGCCUGGUUUCAGUGUGUCCUUUAACUAGGGUUACCAAAAAGGCUGAGAUCAAAUGAAGAACAUGUUGAAUUUCUACCUAGAUAAAUUUGAAAGAACUAUUACUGGCACUAUAUGAACUAAUGGCGUCCGUAACAUAUGUCACAAAACACCCUUUAUACUUGAAACUGUUACAUUUCGUUGUUCAUGGCACUCAUAUGGAGAUGGUAUAAUUAGCGCCACUAUUAAAUCAGUGGUUCAAAUAUGAAACAAACACUUUCUGUCAUGAGAAUCUUAGUAAUUGGUCGAAAAAAUACUGUGUGUUCUGUUCAAGCUAUUAGCGAAUUUAUAGAAGUUUGCAGUCGCUCUGAGAGCUCCCUGUCGAAGCAUAUGUAUCGACUGGCACGCGUAUUAUCUGAACCAUAAAAGAAAUUAUAUACCCCAUCAUGGACGAUCAUCCAAACGCUAAUGAUGUGACAGAACUGGUCAGAGAAUCUUGAUUGGCACCUUUCCACACAAGUUUGGCCGUACCAACCCUUAACGCGGGUGACGUCGUGUUAACUGUAAAAUACGAAAAGCCCAUUGCCAUAAUUUAAUUUAAUACAUGAAAUAAAUUGUACUAAAAUCGUUUCCCCAUGAUUUAUUCUUCUUUUCGGUUAAGAUAUCGACGAUUUAUAAGUUUCUUGCGCUCGGAUUUUUCAAUUAUAAAACUUCCAGGCUAAGGUCGGGUUUUUCAAAUUUUAUAAUUCGGGCUCUGGUCGGGUGCGGACUUCAGUGAUGUCCCUAUCCUCUGUGCAGUAAAGAGAAAUUGAAAUUACUCCCCACACUUUGUCAAGCAAAAUGAGAGCGCUUCUCUUUCGUUAAUAUACACCACCGUAUUUGAUGUGUGUUAGCGCAUGUUGAUGGCAGAGGUAAAUUUUCAUAUACCCAACACUGGAACGAUCUAGAGUGUGGAGAAGAGCUCUUGAAAUUCUCUGUGGCGCGCUCAGAUAAAUUCGCCACCGCGCGCGCCCCAGAGUCGCUGUGGUGUAUUCACUGGCGUGUAUUCACUGGCGUGUGAUCUUUGGUUUUGUUUUCGUCUUAGAAGCGGCAGUGCGGGCGAGAUUAAUUUAGUUUGCACAGGUUGUUGCGUUGUGUUGUGUGCAAUGUUACGAAAUUUCAAAAUCAGUUACCUAUUUCUGCUUGCAUUUACCGAAACCGACAUUCAGAUUCAACGUCUCCCUCAUUCAUUCACUUUCCAGCUGACUGAAAUUUCAUGCAGAAUCGAAUGCUUGAGUGCAGAGGAAAUAUAAAUUCAUUCACCAACCAAAGCAUUCAUUUGUUAUUAUGUGGACAGUUUCAAGGCAGAAGUUAGCAUCUUCUACAUUUUCGAGCAUAAGGGAAUUGCGUAAUCUAUAUUUGUUGCACUUUUGAUUAAUAAUCCCUCUCAGAGCUAGAAUAGAAAUAAAAUUCACUUUGCUUCUACCUGAAAGCUGCGUCGGCCGACCGAAUGACGAUUAAAACGAACCAACAAUUUCAUUCAUCGCUGCGGGCGUGAAUUGAAUUUUGUUUUCUUUCAAGUUCAGGCAACGAUGUCAAUUUUUUUAAGCUCUGGUUGUGUGGAUGGUGGUGGCUUAUUUCAAACUUAUAUGAUUUUACUACUGAAGAUUUCAUAUAAGUUGCUUGGUAAAGCUUACGAGUUUAUAGAGUGUUGUUACACUAGCGAGGGAAACCUGAAGUAUUCGAGCCUAGGGGCAAACAAGGAAAACAUUUUACGUAUCAAGGUAUCGGCUGGUAUAAACAAAUUUUUAUAAUGAUCUGUAGUAUCAGAAUAAUCGUAUAACAGAUGUAAGACGGGAUUUGUACAUCCAUAUUAGGACCGGCCUAUUUUUUGUUCGACUGAAUAACUCAAUGGUAAUUUAACUUAUUUUGAUUACGAAUUUGGCGACGCCAAAAAGUAAAGUGAUCCAUUACAAGUAAUGUCCUGGUAUUACACACGUUUUCGAUUAUUAUCAUAUUAUAAUUCUUUCUCGCGAGAAGAGGCUUAUCCGAUGUCCAACUUCUCCGAGAUAAAGUCCACAUAAAACAAGAUAAAUUUCACGAGAAUUCACAUUGUUAAUUGUUUUUUUUCUGUAGCGCGUUAUAAAAAAUAAUGACGUGCCAAUUUAAAAGCGCUUCUAUUUGACCGGUACAGUGCUUUCAAGGGGUUACAGCACUUUAGACUUUUUAAAACAUUUAAUUUUUAUUUAUUGGUUGAAUUUUGUUUACUGGUGCUUUAGGAUGCUGAAAAUGAUAUUCCAAAAAAUGAAUCGCGAAAGCAAUAAAUAAAUAUUAAAAUUGUUCGCAACGCCUCUUAACGUUUACCGUGUUUUUCUCGAAAUAAAUUUUUUUGAUCUGGCCGGAAAUGUAACUCGAACAAAUGAUUUUUGAUCAGCCUAAAAUUUUUACAGCAUGUUCAAGAUUACUUUCUCCAGCGAUGUACGUGGGAUUUAAUUUUUUCAUUGCAUAAUUUUUAAUAAGCAAUUUUGUGUCGAUUUUUAACACAUUUUCAGCGACUAAAAAAUGUGCCAUUUCGCGAAAAAUCAAGACAUAGAAAAAAUCUUACGUGCGCCGCUUGCUGUCGUUCUAAGCAGUUUAAAAAGCUUUGGUUUUUGGCUCUGGAUCAAAAAUUACGUGACGUAGAGUUCCGGCCGUGGACCCCUUCCAAAAAAACUCCCCGACGGGAAAGUGCUGCACAGCCGCCAUCUUGUGAUGAAAUUACUCGAAUAAAUCAUUUUUUUGCAAUUCAUUACUUAUGUUAUAUAUUUCAUUAACCCUACGGAAGUCGUGCUUAUGGCCCACUGAACGAGCAGCCGCUGAUGCUUUAAGACGAUUUCGCUAGAUUUUCAGAGCAGCGUGCACUGCCGGAAAGUUGAACAAGAUCUCGAUUCAUCUCAUUAUUGCGUCAAGAUAAAUUCCCGAAAUAUGCCUAUUUUUCGUGCUCUAUAGUGGUGUAACCCCUCAAUAAUUAGUUCUGGAAUUUUUUGACGGCAUUUUUCUUCUUUGCCAUCAUUUAAAUAAAUUAGUUGGUUUUCUCUCGAAUUUCCACGCGAUGGAAUAAUAAGAGAGAGAAUUAAAAUUAAAACCUAACAUGUUCGAGUACGAGUAUAGCAAAGAAGUUCAAAAUGGCAAAUCCAUCGUCUUUGAAAUACAUACUAAAUUGUUCCAAGGAACGUUUAUCUGUUUACCGUGAUUUUAUGAUUUGUAAAACUUAUAAUAUUAAGUUUAUAUAUCAGAGGAUGUUUAUGACCUCACUGAAUAAAAAUCUUCUACGUAUAAUAAACAUUGUUGCUGCUGACCCAUUUAUAACAUCCUUUUAUGGAACACAAGAUUCAUUGUUCAUUUAAAAUAAGCGUGAACACUAGUGGCCUUUUUUCUUGACCCCGAAACUGAGCCAAUUUAUUUCGCUCGUUGACGCGCAGAAUCCCCUUCCUAGCUCCCAUGCUCUUGAAACAUUCGCUUUCGCCUGCUGUUUAAACGAUUUCCACGUAAAAUAAUAGACAAAUGAACAAAUGAAUAACGUGUGUACGCUCAAUUGUGAUGUUGUAUGUAAAUUAAUUAUCGCCACAAGCGUAUACCUAAUUUCACUGAAUAUGUCAAGCCUGUGGACGAAAUCUAAGAUUUCGUUUUAAACUUGUAGGAUUAAGUUGUAAUAAAACUAUUAAUACUUAUAACACGAGUUUGCAUAUCAGGUACCUCUGGUCAUUAUAAAACUCUCUAUACGAUGAUACGUAAAAAGUUUUCCCAAUUUGCUCCGAGGACCGAGUACUUUUAGUUUUGCAGGUAGUGUAACAAUACUUUAUAAACUCUUUAGCUUUACCAAGCAACUUGUAUGAAAUGUUCAGUAGAAAAUCAUAUAAGCUUGAAAUAAGCCACCACCAUCCACACAACACAACGCAACAACCUGUGCAAAUCAAAUCAAUCUCACCCGCGCCUGUAAGACGAAAACAAACCAAAGAUCGCACGCCAGUGAAUACACGCCAGUGAAUACACCACAGCGACACUGGGGCGCGCGCGGUGGUGACUUUAUCUGAGCGCACCACAGAGAAUUUAAAGAGCAAGAGAGCACGGUUAUCUCGCACCCAACUACCUCAACACCAGCGCACACUUGAAAUCGGUCUAUACAGCUCCGAAAGAAAGAGCGUUCUGCUUUUUUCUGUUGUGUGUGAUCAUUGUAUCCUCUGUGUAGGCAUCACACUUACGCGCCAGUGCAUCACUAGGGUGAAAUGCCAUCACUGGCGGACUUUACAAUUUUUAAGCUAUCGAGUACGGGUCGAGUUCAGCCUUAAUUAUAGAAUACUUGACAAUCUGUAACUGUAUUAGUGUGUUCACCGAUUUGUUUUCCUCCACCUGUCACAAUGUUCUGAAUUUCUGAUAGGUGCAGGAAACCAAACUGAAAAUAACUUUUCAGUCGGAUUAUUUGCAUAGUGGAUUCCGACCAACCGGUAUUGCACGUCUACGGAAUAAAUUUCACAGUGAUACAAAGCAUCCAACCAUCAUCAUAAAUACUUUAAGCAAGCUAUUUCAAACAUUUAAAUUGAAUGACAGUUUUAUAUAUGACAGCUGGAAGAAAACAAACCCCAAGUAGUGUGGGUGAAAUGAUUUGCAUAGAUAUCUAUAAGUUGUGUACCGAUUCUAUGCCACAAAGGCAAUGAAAUUCUCCCAGCCUAUAGUCGCAUGCAAGCUGAAAUGAACUAUGGAAUGGAGUUUUCGCUAGUCGCCACUAGAGCGCCUACUUCGUAAUCGGCACCUAGUCGAGCAGUUGGAAUGAAGUAUAUAGCUGUCGGGCAGUGCCAUCAAAUAUGUUUCGAUACUUGUACGCAAUUUUGAUUCUUUUCACAUGAAAGAUGGUAUGGUGUGGUAUGACCAACUAUCAUGGGAAAUUUUUAAUGCAAUUUACCAUUGCGGUGACGGUUGGGAAUUUUUGGAAUUUAUCCCGUUUUGUAUUUCAGAUUUUGGUUAAACGAGCCCUUAUUCAUCUCAUUAGUCAGGAUGUCACACUAAUUCGUUGAUAACUCGGAUAACUGUCACUGGAUUGCACUUAAAUAGGUUUCUACAUCUUUACUUCGAAAGAAGUAAUACAAUGAAAAAUCUGGCCUGGAAAAUGCAAAAUACUUGCCCUUGAGCUAAGUUAAAAGUCGAGUACUACGCAUUCUUAUUCAUCCUACCAUUUAUGCUAAUGCUUUGAAUAGAGAUAGUAGACACUGUUACAAUUAAUGUGUUCAAAUGGGUGGGAUGAAUAGAGGUACCAAGAUGAAUUAGAGUUACCUAGCAGAAGUAUUUUUUUUUGGCCACUGAAUUACUACCCCGGGGCAUGUGACCAGCACAAUACGAGUUGUUAGUUUUUCGAAUCUAAAGGCAAGGCAGUUAUUUCGUUUCACCCCCUCAGCGACGAAAUAGAUCAGAUGAGCUUUAAAAGCAGCAAUAAGAAGAAAGAUGUUAGUAAACUUAUCAAAAAUAAAUUAAAAAGGAAUAUUUCGACUUAUCAUAUGGAAAUUAAAGAAUACGAUCACCAUAUUCCGACGGGUUGCUUGAUAGGCUGAGUUUAUAAAUAGAAAGAAUGAAUAAAGCAAGUUAAACUUGAUGUUGAAAAACAGAUUGAUAGAUCUGUUAAGCAAGAUGCAUAUCUAUAAAACUAAACACGACACAAACCAACAAACACAAAUGUUAUUAUAAAAUGGCGAAUCUCACGAACACACUUAUCAGCAGAAGAGGCACUUCAAAAGCCACAGUUAAAUGCAAAUUGCUUCAACUUUGAAUCGAUAAUGGACACGCUCACUGAUGAAGGCACCUCCUCCAAUAAUAUUUGAUCAAAAUAUGUCAUCAAGAACCGGGUUAAUUAACGAAAUAUCUGCUUAACUAAUAGGAAAUAAAACGAUUAUCUCCAAAAGAAAACAGUAACUAUUGUUUACCGCGACACUCGUGACGUGAAAUCGAAAAAAAACAAAACCAAAAGUUAGUGAUGUUACACCCUGUUCAAUUACCAUACGCGCCCAGUGUGUUUUGUAACCAGCAAUAAACAAAAAUCCUGUACUUAUAUGUCCUACUAUAUGUACUAUUUAGUGUCUGACUAAACUGCCAUUCGAGUAAACCGGAAACCAUCAUCGUACUUAGACUAAAUCAAACCUACAAAAUAUAUGUUCAAAUAGUUGUUAAUUUGUUAGAUCGGCUCAUUUGUUUUGAUGCGUAUUUUGAAAAAAAAAAAAGGCUUUAACUUUGGUUUCUGCCUAAAACAAAAACGAGUAAUUUGCAUUUAAACGAGUGAAUCGCGAAGAACCGAUGAUGAAAGAAUCACGGUGAAAACAGGAGAUACAUUUCCUAUAAAGCUGAACAAUUGUUAAUUAGUUAGUGCUGAACAAGCGUAAUAGAUAAGAACUAGCAGGUUUAUUAAAGUGGAACAAAGAUUUUACUUUAACUUUUCAAUAUGAGAUUGGUUAAGUUUUAAUUGAAAAGAAAAAUAGUUUGAAACUAUUCCAUUAAUUUGUACAAUAAUUUAUUUGUCUCAUUUAAUCCUGCAAAUAAAUCUAGAUCAAUAGUUUGGUAAACGUGAUAUUUUCCGAUAAUUUAUUGAUGUACUGUCAUACUACUUAGUUCUAAUCUAUUUAUAUGUUCAACAAUGAUAAUAUGGCGGUUUAAACAAAAAUAAACCGAACGAACACCCAACGUUGCACUGUUCGGAACGACUAUGUACAUGUAAAUGCUGCUGAAUUGAAACAAAAAAAAAAUAGUAUAAGGACAAACCUUAAUCAAACCAGAACGCUACAUUGCUUAUUGAACUAAACAAAAAUUUGUAGACUUUGCAUGUUUAUGUAGUGACAGGCAUAUUUAUAUGGGCCAUAAAAAUACCCCCGAAAGCAAACUGUUAAUCAUUGACCCCCUCUAACACGGUAAGGACAGCUGAACUGUCAAAAGUAGAUGAAAUCCGUCAUGGCUUGGUUUAAACUUCAAGCAUUGAAUCUAGUGUCAUUUCGAGCUUGAAUCCCUCUCCACCCACUGGUGAGCGAGAAUUAUUGCCGUAGUGUGUACCAACAGGAAGCAAAUUAUAGAUAACUACCGUGCUUCAGGUAGCUACUUUCCUUGAAAGCUGACGAGUAAUGUAGAAGUUUCAUACAUACUAAACGUAAAUAUAGACAGGUUAUAUAAGCAGCUAUUAGCAAUAGAUCCCUUUUUUUUAAAUACUACCGACAAGUUUAGGCUUAGAACCUGUUUGAUUUCACAACAUUUAGUACUGACAGUUCAAUGUUAUGCCAUAUGUUGCCAACCGAUGUAUUUAGAAGCCAAAUUUAAGUUGAAAACAUCUCCGCAGAUUCGCAGAACCAAUGCAACUUAUUUGCGCAUGCAUCUUCGAAAAAAACAAUGUUUAGAAAUCGAAACAAUACCUGCAUGAAAGGGUACCACACAAUAAAUUUUUCACUUGAGUGCCUGACGGAAUUAUAAAUAUUCAAACCAAGGACAGAACAAGCAAAACAAAAGAAAAAAAAACACAAGCAGCCCAGAACAAAACUUUCCGAUCUGUUUGUGCCCAAUCAAUGUUGUUAAUGCCAUUUUGUGGUCCUAGUUAAGCUAAUUGACACCUGAUUUAGUAUUUUAUCAAACUGUAAAAGGACCGUCGAACAACCGGUUAUAAUUUAUAUUCGUAACCUGGGUCGCCAAAUGGACCGAAACCGAAUCGCUUGUGCAUUGAUUUUUGACCAAUCGAACAUGCUGACGGGACGGAAUAUUGUUUUGAAACCACACACACACACAGAGAGAGGCCCGACCUUGCUUGAGCUGAACUGCUCUAACGAAACACAAUACAGGCCUCUGAUGCAGAACGCGACAUAUGAAACUUUUUAUGAUAAUAUUACUUAAUCUAAAACUAUCCUUAGGAAGGAAGUACACAUACGAGAAUCUAAGAAAGCAAACAAAAGAAGCAAAAAAAAGUGUCAUAUAGCCGAGCGGUGUCACAGUAAGCAAAUAAGCAAAUGUGUUAAAUUGUGAAAGUAAAUGAAAAACGACAGAAUAUACAAUUCACUGCUAAGCUAGAAGCAAAUGGAUUUAUUGGUUUUUGGAUUUUUCAUUAUGUUACAAAACAUUAAGAAUAACGGUAAAGAUAAUAAAGGUAAACAAAGGAUAAAAAA